CUUGAAAUAAAUAUUUUAUGAAUUGCUUAACACAUAGUGGUCUUUUCAAAUCAUUAUGGACUCGUCCAAUUUAUAGAGCAGGCAAUUUGUACACUUGGGGAGUUCACAGUUUAGGCUGCGGAAUCAAUUAGGAUUCAUAAGGAGAUUAAUUGAGACCAAGAAGAAUAGAUGCAUUUAAUGGUAAUGUGGCUAAGGUAUAUCCAAGCGAAUACUUUACCGCAGUCAUUACAGGUAUUCAUUUCAUAUUAAAUUACAAAGAUAAUGGUGACUUAUAUACAUUCGGCCACAAUAAAUAUGGACAAUUAGGUUUAGGCAACACAGAAGAACAUCAAACACCUCAAUUGGUUAGAUUCUUCAGAGAUAAAGGUUUAAAAGUUACCGAUGUGGCUUUGGGAUCAAAUCAUGCAGUUGCUUUGGCUUGUAAUAUGAAUCAUUUUUAAUAUUUAAGCUGAUGGAAAUGUUUAUACUUGGGGAAAUGCAAACAACUCAUUUUUGGACUAAUUAUAAGGCAAAGCUAGUGGAUUAGGAGAUAACUAUUAGAAUAAUGUUGUAACACCUCAAGCAGUUCAAAAAUUAGUUGGCACUCCAAAGGGUAAAUUUGUUAGUGCUGGUAUCAAUUAUUCAAUUGUUGUGAAUGAAAACAAUUAAGUCUAUGUAUGGGGUGCUGGAAAGAGAGGAGAAUUAGGUAAUGGAUGCAGUCUCAAUUUCAAAUAUCCAGAACUUAAUCCUAUAUUUGAAUAAUUGAGCAAAUCUGGUUACACAAUCUAGAAGAUCAAAUCUUGCUUUGCUGGAACAUUAGCCUUAUUAAGUAUAUUCUAUAAUAUUAUGUUAUCAGAUGAGGGAAUAGUUGUUGGAUGGGGUAGAAGCUACUAUGGUUCAUUGGGAGUCAGACAGUAAGAAUAUGUUGUUACAGAUUUAGUAAUAUUUUUAAACUAUUGCAUAGGAAAAUUAUGCACCCACUCCAGUUAAUUUGAAAUACUUCUAACCUAAUGAAAAAGUGGUUGAUUUUGACCUUGGAUAUAAUCUUUCCUUAUUUUUGACUGACUAAAAUAGAAUCUAUAUAUCAGGAUUCGAUGAGAGCUAUGUUCCAAGACCCAUCGAUUUGCCUUAGAAUGAAAAGAUACUUAAGUUUUCUGCCUCAAAUAACAGCUAUGCAAUUUUAACAGGUUUCAUUUUUUAAUUAUAUCUAAGACAAGAACUUUUACACAUCAAAUGAGUUUGUCAUACCAUAAUAGAAAAGAAACUUGGGAUUCUUAUUCAAAAGUCAACCAAAAGAGUUAUUUGAUAGUGGAAACAUUGAAUAGUUUGGAGGUGGAUAUAGAGUCAGAUAUGCUAUAGUAAAUAAUUGAAAAUGGCUGCAUCUAAAUAUCAAU